AUGGGAAUGAAUAUCAAACAAUGGGAUUUCAUUCUAGCACAAGUAGAAUUAGCCUGUAACAAAUCCACUAGUCAGAAAACGGGAUACAGUCCACUCGAGAUUGUCUGCUGCAGCAAUCCGCUCACACCGCUUGAUCUGGUCCCACACCUGCAGACAUCAGAACUCAGCCAAGAUGCUACAGAAAGGGUUCACGAAAUCCAGCAAAUACACGAAGAGGACGUUGAUGCAGUUGAUAUGUGCUUGAGAGCAAUUAAUGCCCUUGCUUCCUAUAUAUACCGAGAGAAAGCUGCUGGCAGGGAAGGGUUAGCUGAACGUAUAGUGGAUUUAAAUGACAGGCUGCAAGAGAAUAUUUCAAGUCAUUUUCUUCGAUCGUUGCUGCAGUUAAUUUUAUAUGAAGACUUCAGAGUGGAUCUUACUGGUUCUGCAGCUGAUGCACUUCUUCCACUAAUCCUAUGUGAGCAAGAUUUAUACCAGAGGCUGGUACAGGAGUUCCUUGAAAAACAACCAAUCCAUUCUCUGAGAACCAGGUUGGCAAAUGCAUUUCACUCUCUUACAAGCUCAAACAAGCUUUCAUCUUCCCUCGACAGGCCCAACCGGCACCGGUUUCGAAAGAAUUUCCACGAAUUUUUUCGCGAGAUCUCAGGCCUGAGGAUCAAGUGACUCCUUUCUUUUUUGUCAGAGAAGAUGAUUUUAAUUUUUCUUUUGAAUCUUAGUUAAUCAAUGUUUGUAUAGCAUGAAGGCAUUAAUUUGUGAAGGAUAAUGCUAUUAUGGCAUUGUUCAGGAGUUUCGAUAGUUGUUGCUCCUUCAUUUUAUCUUUUGUUUUAAAGGAUUGGACUUCAGGGUGUAAAUGAGCUGAA